AGAAGCAAUUUUUAAUUUUUUUUACUAAUACAUCAAACCGUUAUUUUAUAGAUCAACUAGCUACUGACAUUGUCAACCUCAGAACUGUAGGGGUUCAUAACGUUAGCUGGCUAUAUUGUAUGUUUUUUGAGAAUGUGUGACUUUAUUCUAGGUUGACCUCCCGGUGUUUUGUUUGAAGAUGUACUCAAAAGUUGAUAUCAGACACAUUUAUCUUUGUUUACAUUGCGGCUCCGUGGAUGCUAGCUAUUAGCAGGCAAAACGUCAGUGAAUUUUUUUUUCUUUUUUUAGUCGUUGUCAAUCACAUCAACCCGAAGUUGUUGAGUUUUCGCAAGAAAGUGGGUUUCAGACCAGUCUUUGUUCUGAUAGCAAGCCUAGCUAGUAAUGCUAGCUAGCCACCAAGCUAUUGAUUGUGUAUUUGUCUUAAAUUGAAGAAAGAACUCCAGCAUAGGGACACAAUUAUGAGUUUAUUCAGGAUCUGGAAUCAGACAUGAGUGAAGCUGACUGAAUGCACCUGGGAAGGGCCCUUUUCAUAUGUCGAAAGAACACUGACUUACAUCAGCACACAGUGUUUUUACAGAUGAAUUGCUGCUUGGCACAGGGGCUUGUGUCCUGACGCUGUGGGCAGGCACAUGUGCAUCUGGAGAUAUGGACCGCUGUAAACAUGUGGGACGCCUUCGCCUGGGCCACGACCACUCCAUCCUCAAUCCACAGAAAUGGCGCUGCGUGGACUGCUGCACCACCGAGUCCGUGUGGGCCUGCCUCAAGUGCUCCCACGUGGCCUGUGGCCGCUUCAUGGAAGAGCACUCCCUCAAACACUUCCAGGAGUCACGCCACCCCCUGGCCAUGGAGGUGCGGGAGCUGGACAUCUUCUGCUUCGCCUGUGGGGACUAUGUGCUCAAUGACAACGCUGAGGGAGACCUCAAGCUCCUGCGUGGGGCACUGUCUACUGUGCGCAGCUCUGGCAGGCGCUCCCUGCGCUCCUCUGCAGGGGGGGACUGCAUCCCCUGGGUGGGCGAGGGUGGGCCUCAACCAGCCAUGCAAACAGCCCUGUGGCACCGCAGGAAGGUGCUGCUGGGGAAGAUGCUGCGCCACUGGAGGAGCCGGCAGCAGGAGGAGCAGAGCCAGCGGGAGGAGAAACUUGAGCAGGAGAAGGAGGAGGUCCGGCGCCAGAAAAACGAGGUGAAGAGGAGACUCAUGGGAGAGUUUGACAAUUUGCAGCCGAGGAAGAGUGCCAGGCUGCUCACCCAGGCUCCUCGUUCAACCAUCACUCUUAUCCCCCUGAAGUUCCGCGACCCUCCGGAGCGUCUGCCUCCACCCAAGAAGCCCUCCCUUCUAUCCCUGAAACCCCCCAGCAACGGCAGGACUCGUAAACUCAGAGUGCGGAGGUACUACUCCCAUAAGGCAACCCAUCGGAGACUGGCCCCGGGGGUCACAGGGCUACGCAACCUUGGGAACACGUGCUACAUGAACUCUAUCUUACAGGUGCUGAGCCACCUGCAGAAAUUCAGGGAGUGCUUCCUCACAUUGGACAUGUGUGAGACUGAGGAGCUGCUAGCCAAGUCCAACCAGGGUGUGGCGGGGGCUGUGGUUGGUGGUGGUAGUGUAGCCACACCAGGCUGCCCUCUGGGACGUGGCAUGGGAAAGGCAGGCAUAGGGGGUCUGCCCACGGGCAGCAAGCAGAGCCCGCCCCCCUGCCUAAAUGCAGCAGAACUGGUACAGCCCAAGGAGCCGCGCUCCUCCACCCGCCAGCAGAUGUCACUGUGCCAUGAGCUGCACACUCUGUUCAGGGUCAUGUGGUCGGGCCGCUGGUCGCUGGUGUCGCCCUUUGCCAUGCUGCACUCUGUGUGGAACCUGAUCCCAGCGUUCCGUGGCUACGACCAGCAGGACGCACAGGAGUUUCUGUGUGAGCUGCUGGACAAGGUACAGCAGGAGCUGGAAUCAGAGGGCAGCAAGCGCAGGAUCGUCAUCCCCAUCACCCAGAGGAAGCUCUCCAAGCAAGUGCUCAAGGUCCUCAACACAAUCUUUCACGGGCAGCUACUCAGCCAGGUGACGUGUCUGUCCUGUAUGCACAAGUCAAACACGGUGGAGCCGUUCUGGGACCUGUCCCUGGAGUUCCCGGAGCGCUACCACAGCACGGAGAAGGGCUCGGCUGCGUCUCUGGCCUACCAGCGCAGCUGCUCCCUCACUGAGAUGCUGGGCAAGUUCACUGAGACAGAGGCCCUGGAGGGCAGCAUCUACGCCUGCAACCACUGCAACAGGAAAAGACGGAAGACGUCCCACAAGCCCCUGGUUCUGUCAGAGGCAUGUAAGCAGCUGCUGAUCUACCGCCUACCUCAGGUUCUACGGCUGCACCUCAAACGCUUCAGAUGGUCAGGCCGGAACCACCGGGAGAAGAUUGGCGUCCAUGUGGCUUUUGAUCAGGUUUUGAACAUAGAGCCCUACUGCUGCGCAGACUCUGGCCAGUCGGUCAACAGAGAGGGCUACACCUACGACCUGUCUGCUGUAGUCAUGCACCACGGGAAAGGCUUUGGCUCAGGGCACUACACCGCAUACUGCUACAACACCGAGGGAGGUUUCUGGGUCCACUGUAAUGACUCUGAGAUGAACGUGUGCAGCGUGGAGGAGGUGUGCAACACUCAGGCCUACAUUCUGUUCUAUACCCAGAGGUCUGCCUAGACCCAUCUCCCUCCCACAUUUACACCCUACACCAGGGUGUACUGUCUGCCUGGAGUCAACAACCAGGCCCAUCUGCCAAGGCCUGGCCUGUGGGACCGAGACCUACAUCUGGGUUUGUUUCCUAGAGGUCUGCUUGGUCAUGUCACACUCCAUCUACUAGCUGUAAACCAGGAUGUAGCCUAGAUGUGUGUCCAGGCUUGAAACAACUCAGCCCACAUUCGUUGAGUCUGGUAGGCUAACAGCCAUGUGAGAGCUACUGAACGUUGUACCACAAGGGAAGGCAAUGUUGAUCCUGGAAUGUGGCAGUGUCAGCAAUGUUUUUUGCUCUAUCCAGCCUCAAGACCAGCUUUUGAUAAUGAUGAUGAAUUGCAUAUAUGGUUAGUUAUAUUUUUCACCUGGUGUCAAAGUGCUUUACAUUGUAUAGGAGGUAACUUGCCUCAUCCUCCAAUGUUUAUUAUCUCCCUCCUGGGGUGAUGAACAGCAGCCAUUUGGAGUGGAAUCGGAAUCCUCCUGUGGCUCAACUAAUGGAGUUUGUCAUUGUGGCUCAGGAGCGGAGAUGAUUGAUUGCAUCAGGUGCUUCAGAGCCUGGGUGGAUUACAAGCCUGCAGAUACUAUCAGACACUCCAGAACCAAUGUUGCCUAGCCUACCUCUGUUCUGUACUCUCAACCACAAUGAGAUGUCAGCCAAAAGCAUUUGUCUCCAACCCAGUUGUCAUCUGUAUCUCACUAUGACCUCUGGUUCAUACACAUUCUGCUGUGGAUAUCUCAGGCUUAAAGGCCUUGGUCUGGGCCAACGGAAUGAACAGGGAUAGAUGGUGUGUAGAUAUUCCUGCGUGUACUCGGUCCCUACGUUGAAUGGAGGUAUGGGGUUGUGUGGCAGGCAUCCACUUUGAAGAUGGAUGGAAACUAUUGAGCCAACUGGCGUCAUGCUGCACCUUUAUGGAGGAGGGGCUUAGCUUAUUGAUCCCAUGAUCAAUUGGCUUCUGAUCUUUUAAUGACUUCUGUAUCCUGUGGCAGCUCUCUUUUCCUACCUUAAUUGUAGAGGCUAGUUUGGGCUCUGGUUGGAGUCCGAUGUAUUGUAUCUCUGUUCAUGGAUAGAAAUAGAUGGAAGAGUGAACAAAGGACUGAGAAAUUGAAGAGUAUGUUGUUGGGAUAGGAGGGGUACCCAUUUCACGAGUGGAUCACAUGCAAGCAAUAUACGUGUGACAUCAUGACAUGAAAUCAAGAUAAAAUCAGGAAUUCUUCAGCUUUGUAAUACAAUGUAUUUUUUUCUUCUACUCCGCUGUUUCUAUUUGGGGUCUUUUAAAGUAACUGCCCAGUGAAAAUCUAACUUAAGUUAUACUGAUCAAAAAUAGAAACGCAACAUAUAAAGUGUUGGUCCUAUCUUUCAUGAACUGAAAUAAAAGAUCCCAGAAAUGUUC